UCUUUUACACGUGUAGUGCAGACCUAAGUGUUGUAGACGGCUUUCAACGCCAAUUGUUUCCAAGCCCUCAAAGAUAACUUAAAACAUGUGUGGUCGAGGAACUGCAUAACACAGACUUGGCCUUUUAUUUCUUUAUUUAUCAAAAAAACAGCAACAAAUUGUCACAAUGUUCGUGGGUGUGUUCUUGAUGUGCUGCUCAGUGGGUUGGUUCUGUGUAUUCUCCACAUUGAUUCAAUUUUUUGACCUAUAUCCCAGUGAUGUGAUUCUGGUAAGAGCGAGCAUUCAGGCAGCGAUUUUGGGAGCGAUCUUGGUUUGGCAAGGACACCCUCUAACGGUGACCAAAGAGAGCGUGAGGUUGGCUUUUCUGGCGUCAUUUGCAAACUUGCUUUUUCCCACGGUCAUCCAUCUCCUUCCAUUGGGCACUGGUACCAUUCUAUCUCAUUCAGCUGUUGGAUUCACUGCUUUUUUUGCGUGGAUCCUACUUAAAGAGCCUGUAUCUGGAAUGAAAGGUGUUUGCAUUGUGGCCAUUUUCCUGGGACAAUUAAUGGUAGUACAGCCUCCAUUCCUUUUUGAUCGCUACGUGCCCAGCCAAAUUUUAGGCAUCGACCAAUACUUGGGUAUAUGUAUGGGAGUAUUGUCUGGUGCUGCAUUUGGAUUGCUUUUGGUUUUGGGAUCGAUGACUGGUGUCCCAACAGAGCACUACGUUUUGAUUGCCUCAUUUCCCGGCAUCUUCUUUGGAUUUCUUGUUGGACUGAAGAGCUCUAAAAGCCAAAUAUUCAGCGUUGGAGUGGAAGAGCUAAUGAUUGUAUUGCCCAAGGUGACCGCUUGUGGAGUAUUUGGAGUGUUGGGUUUCGUGUUUCUAGUGGCUUCCAUGGGCAAGUGCCCGUCUGUUUUGCAAUCCCUCCUUUCAUCAACGGAGUGCGUAGUUUCGUUCGUAGUGCAAGUGCUCCUUUUCAAACAAGAAAUGAAUUAUAUAAAUGUUUUAGGAGCAACAAUUGUUCUUGUCGCUCUGACAACUGCCACCAUGAUUGAUCACUACAGAUUGAAGAAACCAAAAGGAUAUUCCAAAUUGAUGAAAGAGGACAUCAAUGUGAUCCAAGAGAUUGAAAUUAUGAAUUAAAAACAUUUAGAUGUUACGCUUUUCCUAAUCUUGUAUUCGUGUAUUUUUGGAACGGAUUUAGUAAACAAUUGAUGAUGAUAACAAAAAUAGUCAUACUUU